GCCCUCACCCCAGGUGUUCUACCAGCGCGCCGACAUGGCCAUCGGCUCCCUCACCAUCAACGAGGAGCGGUCGGAGAUCGUGGACUUCUCUGUCCCCUUCGUGGAGACAGGCAUCAGCGUCAUGGUGGCACGCAGCAAUGGCACCGUGUCCCCCUCGGCCUUCCUGGAGCCCUACAGCCCUGCCGUGUGGGUGAUGAUGUUUGUCAUGUGCCUCACUGUGGUCGCCGUCACCGUUUUCAUCUUCGAGUACCUCAGUCCCGUUGGCUACAACCGCAGCCUGGCCACGGGGAAGCGUGAGUCCCCUUCCUCCAUUGCCCUAACGCACAGCCCAGACCACAGAUAAAACUACAUUUCCCAGCAGCCCCUGGGGUGGAAUGAUGGUCUCUUGAACUGCCAGAGGCCUUGGGUACCACUGGGUAUUGGAGUUUUUUCUGCUUCCUUGCUGAGCAGAAGGGACUUGGGGUCCAUGUCCCUCUCCUGGCCCC